AUGCGUCAACGUCGAAUCCUCGAAAUGAGCCCCGAAGAGCUGCGAGCAGUGACGGCGAUAGUGUUGCCGGGCAGAAAGGGCGACGAGCUGAAGAUUGGCGAAAUGCAGGAAAUGUGCAUCAAAUGGUCCGCCUACAAUAGUCAUUUUGGAAGGAUAAUGGUCAUUUUCAGGUUGUUCGCCAACGGUCUUUCCAUAAAUCACGUGUUCGAGCUGCACGACGACGACGACGGCGAUCUCUUUUGUGUUAUGCGCAAUUCGGAAGCGUGCUGGUGUUGUCCUAAAGGUUUGGGGUCUUCGGAGCGUUCACUCUUCUUACAGCAACGUGGCCUUGAGCUUUGCAAUCGAUAGAUCCUUUGAAAACACAGUAACCCACGCUGUUUUCAGCUUCAAAGACUGGAACUCUAUCCGAUUUCGACCGUGGUCCGAUCGGAGACAACUUCAAAAGAACGCCCUCCCCAACCAGAAGACCUCAGCAUCCUGCCACGCAUUCCAAACCUUCAAAGCCCCAAUUCACACUCUCGGAGCCGUCUCCAAACGGCCAAAAGAUCGGCCCGAUCACAGUUCAACCGACAAUUGUGACGAUUCCGGAUAAACCGAAGGAGGAGGAGGAGCAAAAGCAGACGGCGUGCGGGUACUGUAAGCGCGAGUGCGGACUGUGCAUCGUCAAUUUGUGCUCACAGUUUUGA